GAGAGAGAGAGAGGCAGCGAAACACGACACCCCGAGGAGAGAGAGAGAGAGAGAGAGAGAGAGAGACACUGAGAGAGUGAGUGAGUGGAGGACUGGAAGAAAAAAAAGUCCGUAAAGAAAGAGAGGCUCCUCACUCCGACGCUAAUUUCUGUCAAACAAGUAGCGAAGCUUCGCGGCGGAGAGAUGUCCAACAGCGGCCAGGAUGCGGCGGUGGAGACGGAGUGAACCGGACAGUUAGAACUUGUUGAGGAAGAGAGAGAGAGAGAGAAGAGAGAAGAAGGGUUUUCCUCGAGUCGGGACGGUAGCUUCGUCUUUUCGCUGCAACUUGAGAGCAGGUUUCUACGCUGCUGCUGCUGCUGGUGGUGGUGGUGGUGGUGACGGGACGAGAGGCGACAGAGGACCGCACCGCGAGGUCUGUGCCCCGCUGUGGAAAGCGCUCGAGCGGGCCCUUCAGCGCGGCUGGAGCCCGGAGGAAGGAGGGAGAGAGACGGACCGAGAGAGCGCCGUGGUUCGCGGACACAGCCGCUGAGGCAGUGCGGUCAGAAAAGUUUCACCUCAACUAGUUUCCCCCUCGUCGGGAACUCGCGGAGGAAGAAGAGGCCGAGAGACUUGACUUUUUCUUCCCACGAGCGACUCCGUGCGGAAUCCACCCGGGUUUGGGGAACUUUAGCCACCGUCCUGCUAAGUGAGCUAAAGCGGAGAGCAUGAAAACACCCGGAGACUCCGGGAUCGCCUUCCCAGAAUGGGCCUACAAGCCCGAGUCGAGCCCUGGGUCCCGGCAGAUCCAGCUGUGGCACUUCAUCCUGGAGCUGCUCCGGAAGGAGGAGUAUCACGAUGUCAUCGCCUGGCAGGGGGACUACGGCGAGUUUGUCAUCAAGGACCCGGAUGAGGUGGCCCGACUGUGGGGCGCCAGGAAGUGCAAACCCCAAAUGAACUACGAUAAACUGAGCAGGGCACUGAGAUACUACUACAACAAGAGAAUUCUCCAUAAAACUAAAGGCAAGAGGUUCACCUACAAGUUCAACUUCAAUAAGCUGGUUUUAGUCAACUACCCCUUCAUCGACAUGGGCUCCACUGGAAGCAAUGUUCCUCAGAGCGCGCCUCCUGUCCCCACCGGUGCAGGGAGCCACUUCCGCUUUCCUCCUUCAACACCUUCUGAAGUCCUCUCCCCCAAUGAGGACCUGCGCAGCCCCGGCGGCAUGUUCAGCUCUGUGGCCCGACGAAUGGCACGAGGCUCAGUCAGCGACUGCAGCGACGGCACCUCGGUCAACUCUGAGAUUGAGGACGGCAACCCAGGAGCGGGUGAGGAGAGAGGAGAGAGGGGUGUGAGCGGAGGAGGAGGAGGAGGACCUGGUAUAGGAAUAGGCUACCGGAGUAUGAUCCAUCCUCGUCUAUCUCAUGAGACCCUCUUCCGAAUGUACGGAGGAGGCAACCCGGCCGGCCACCCAGGCUCCCGUGGCCACACAGGGCACCGUAUGCACCAAGAGCCCCUGUCCCCCUUCCCUGUAUCCCCUCUGCCAGGGCCAGGAGGAGCCGGCCUCCUGGCCCCUCCUCUGUCCCCUGCACUCUCCAUGACCCCCACAUCUCACCUGCCCUACACUCCUUCACCCACCUUGUCCCCCAUGUUAGGCUCCCACUUCUCCUUCAAUCCAGAGGACAUGAAGCGCUACUUGCAGGCCCACACCCAGUCAGUGUACAACUACGGCCUCAGCCCCAGAGCUUUCCUCCAGUACCCCAACAUCAUUAUCCCGCAGCCCCACCGACCCACCGCCGACAAGUCUGGUCUGAGUGGAGAAAGAGGAGCGGCAGAGAGAGCGGAAAGAGCAGCGACAGCAGGCGGAGGAGAGAGGGGAGGAGAGCGGCACCACCAUCCGUCUCUGGGUCACUCCACCCACCACCACCCGCAUCCUCCUCACUCUGCUCACCCUCACCCUCACCCCCAUUCCCAUCCCAUGCAUCACCCGCUCCAUCUGGGUGAGGAGCCUCCACACAUGUCUCCUUUCAAGUUCAAGCUGCAGCCACCGCCACUGGGCAGGAAGCAGAGGGACACUCAAAUCCAGAGCAAACACAGGCAGAGCUCUCUGUCCUCAGGAUCUUCGGGUCUGGGGUCCUCGCUGUCGUUUGGCAGUGACAUGAGCUCAGCCAGCGGCUCAGGCCUCAUCUCUGCCUCCUCUUCAACGCAGUCUCUAAACAGUGCCGGACUUCCCAAGAUAAAGGUGGAGCCAAUCUCUGACAUAGAGUCAGAGGAAGAGGUGGAGGUGACCGACAUUAGUGAUGAGGACCCAGAUGAAAGAGAUGACGAGUUCUUCUCCACUCGUCACUUAAGAGCCUCUGACCACCGCAACCACCACCACCUUGCUAACGGCACAGCCGCACCCCUACAUCAACACCACCAUGAUGAGGACCUGGACGAGGAUGUCUUCAAAGCCCCUGCUCCGCCUCCACCUGGCCUGAUGCCCUUUUUCACCUCGCAGCACUCACACUCUGCACAUCGUGUGGUGCCCACCCUCAAGACUGAACCCAUCGAGCCAGUGGAGAGCAGCACGCCUCCACCUCAGAUGAGCUCAUCUCCCCAGACCAAGUGCAUCCCCCUGAAGCUGCGCUUCAAAAGGCGCUGGAGCGAAGACCAGCGUAUGGAGGCCUCACAGGAGGAGUCGGACGAUAAGAAAGUACGACCAGAGGAGGAGAGGGAAAGAGAGAGGCAAAGUAAUGGACGGAUGGAGAUGGAGGAGGACGGGACAGGGAGCGGAGAAGGGGACAGUCCUCCCCCACUGGCGUACGAGGGCUCUUUAGCCACACCGUUGGCCUCACACAGGAGAGUGAGCGCGGAGCUGCAUCGUGCCACUGCACAGCUGUCGCUGGAGAACAAGGACUGCUGAUGAGAAUCCCAGCAUUAACACUACUGUCCCAGUAGCACAGGAGUAUGUAAAUGGUUCCUCUGUAAUCCCUCUCCCAUACUGACAAACUAGAUUCCUGAGCAGAGUUUGACCGACACACACAUUCAAAACCAACUCCUCAAAGACCCGCAGCAAUGUACUGUCUGCAUCACGACUCCUCUGGGACAGAUCCUUUGGGAGGAGGGACUCGCUCAUACUCAGCCAUCCCAGGCACGGUGACUGUAACAGGGCUGAAAUCAGACGGCUGCUGCCUCCAUGAAACCUGGCCUCUAGUUCACCUCCCACCUGGCCAAUGAAGCUCCAGAUGCCCUGUCCCAGUAGCACGGCUCCUGCCUUCAGACCCCGACCAGUAGGAUCAGCAGCCAGUCAAGACUUCACUCAGGGGACACACACACACUCCCUUACAGCCCAGCAACACAAACUCACACACACUCCUCCCAUGAAACUUUUCCUACAAGACAACAGGACUCUGACAAGUGCCUGUAUCUAAAACCCACCGCCCUGAAAUGAUAUGGAAGAGAGCAAAGAUGUGGCGGAGGAGUCUUUGAGUCUGCCCGAUCACAAGGACAAAAAGGAAAAGUGUGUGUGCACGUGUACGACUGAAGUGCGGGGCUGUUGGUGUUGUCCGACUGACUCUUAAACCUGACCCACUCCACUCAGGGAAGCCUAUUGAUGUAUGUUUAUUUGAUUCAUGCACACACUCGAAAAAAUAUAACAAAAAAAAAAAAAAACAGCCAACGGUGAAUGGGACUUGGGGACUAUGGACACUAAACAGUGUUCCCAUCAACGCAAGACCAUAAGAACUCACAGACACACACACACUUUGAAUCUCUGGCACACUGCUCUCUCAGAGAUUAUGACUUUUGUACAACCUUCUUUCUGUCUCUCUCCCGUCCUGCCCCUCUUUCUCUUGCGGACCACCGGCAGAAACAUCAUGACUCCACUCACAGAAAACGACAGAAGAUGGAAAAGGAGGCGAGACGCUGAGGGGGACCACAAGGGGGAAGAAGGCAGCAGUGGGGAGGAGGGAUUUGCGAGGGGGUCCCAAUAACUUUGAACUAACCUUCUUCACCUCACCUAACAUGGCGUGUACACUGAAAACGGUUUCCCUCAGUCACCAGCUAAAGCUCCUCUAACAAUCAUAGUGUUAAAUGAAACCAGCAACACACGACACACGAACACACACACAUGCCCUGCACUGCCUUUAGCUCUUAAACAUGCUCCCUCUCUCUAUGUCUGGACCUCCAGCACCUCCUUGUAGUGGCGCCAUCCUCAGGUCCACACACACACACACACACACACACACACACACACACACACACACACACACACACACACACACACACACACUGCCUCUCUAUGCCUUGUUUUUAUAGCGUGUACAGAAGUGCAAACUGAGCUGUAAUAACAAACACACAGACUAUAUCUUUAUAUAUUAUAAAUGAGACUAUUGAAGAAAAGUGAGAUUUUAAAAGAACCAUAGCGUUUUAAUGACAUUUUUAAAGUGGAUAAUUUCGAGUGGUCAGUGUCAUCCCACUCAUUCAGUUAUAGAGUAUGGAGGGUGGGUGGGCAGAAUCAAGGGGGGUUGGGGGUCCUGGGUUUUCUUGUACAUUUGUUUCAUAUAUGCCAGAGAUAAAAAAAAUCACACUGGCCGACGCACCAGCUAGGAAAUGCAUUUUAAAAAAGGACAGUUCUCUUUCAGCGCACAUCACCCUGCUCUUUCUGUACAGUGGAGUUCAGCAUCCUGAGCUGCCCCGGCCCCAGGCCGCCUCUCCAGGCCUCCGCGUGUGUGUGUGUGAGAAAGACAGAGAUAGAUAUAGCUCAUGGGUUAUUAUUGAAGCAGUAAUCCUGUCUUUUCGUCAAGGCCAGUUACUGUAAGUUCACAGCAGCUGUGCAUUGGGGGGGGGGUGUUAAUUAUUACUGUAAGAUAGCCGGAAAAAAGUCUGACACGUGAGGCCCUGUCCUGAAACACCCUCCACCCAGUUCUAUGCACACACACACACACACACCCACACACACACACACACACACGAUCGUGUUUGUGAUCGUUGUAACAUCCUGGAGCUUUUCGUCUCUGCGGCCAGGUCAUCCAGGCGUCUGAUUGGUUAUCUGAGCUGUGUUGACCAGAGAGAGGCCUGUCCCUGUCUGGCCAGCGACAAGACGGAUCUAUAGCAGUGAGCUGUGAGAUAGAUGGCCUCCAGGCGGUCUGUGUAGCUGAGCUGAUCAAAUUUCCUCAUCAGACCCCUGUGGUCUGGACUGGAGCGUGUCUCACACACACACACACACACACACACACACACACACACACACACACACACACACACACACACUCACUAAGUCCCGUGUCUGUAUUGGAACUGACAGCUGCCUUAUUACUACGUUUCAUAUCUCAGCAGCAGAUGAGGCAUCAGUCUACCUGCUCUGCACUCUUUCUUUCCUUCUUUCUGUUUCGUUUUUUUUCUUCUCCUCGGCCCGUUUCCGCCAUUGUCUGACUUCCUGCUUACUGUGGCGUGAUGUGACUCCGUCGUGAUGCAGCGUGGUGAAGCGACUGACUGGAGUCUGAUUCUAAUCAACCUCCACAGACAAACAGCAAUAUGGUGACAACUCUCCAUCAAAAAUGAUAAAGGUCGCUCCGUUUUAUUUUUUCUGAUGUCAAUAUUGCUCUUGAUUAUUGUCGUUGUUCUUUUUGUCGUCAUCUGGUUAUUUACCUCUCCACCUUGCAUUAUUAUUAUUAUUAUUCCAUGGUUCUGUUAGCUGUUGUUUUUUAUGUUGUGUACAUCAUGUCAGAUGACGUGGAAACCCACUCCCCACCCUCCCAGACUCCAUUCCCUGUUUCAAACCUUCACUCCCCUGAAGCAGAAAUCUUUUUUUCCUGUCUUUAAUUUUUACAAAUGUAAUAUAACUAAAAUGUGUAAUAUGAAUUUUGAUGCUGACAGAGAAAUAACAUCGGGGGGGAUGAGUGGAACGAGCAGCGCGGAGGAUUUUAUUCAGGGGCAGAGGGGGAAGUGAUUUGAUCUUUUUUGUCAUGUAUUGUAAUUUUUAUUUUAUAAUGUUACUGCUCUCUCUCUCUCUCUGUCUCUCUCUAUCUCUCUAUCUCUUGUAUAUUUUUUAUUUUUGGGGGGGGGGUCGGGGUUUUAUCAUUUUAAAAGAAGAAAAAAGAUGUGUAUUGUUUUACUGUGUAAACGUCAAAUCUUCUCCCUCUUUCAGUCUCUUCUUUCACCUCGUCUCCCCCGAGCAGUUACAUAACACUCAGAUGGAGAGAUGAGAGUUAAUACCAUGAUGUAACAUUGAAUUUCUCCACUUCUUUCGUGUUUUUUUUUUUUUUUUCCAAACUUGUAAUUAAGCUGUAAUCAGGGUUAAUUAAAACCAGUUAAAACCCAA